UGAGAUAGAGAGAGCGAUUGAGCCUGACUUUAUCAACCAGACGUGGUGCAAAGUCACACACUUGUGUUAUCACGAGGGAGAAGAGGCGAGCGCACGUCACAUGCUUCCCGUGGUGAGCCAUCGCUCAUCACCACAGCUACGAGGAAGUGGUGAGAAUUCUCCCAGAAGAAGCGACAGACAUGCACAGGUGGAGGGGAAGAACAAGAACUGACAGAGAGAGGAAGAGGAGGGAGGCGGUGAAGGAGGGGUAGGAGGAGACUCGCUUCAGAGAGGAAUAGGAGCCGGAGAGCAAUUCCAAAACAGCUGUCCGGCAGACGUCCCAGUCGACAGGAGUGCAAGCCUGCAGGCAGAGCAGAGAGCAAGCAGGAGCUGGAGAGGACUGCGACCGACCUGAGGCAAGUGACCUUUCAAUACCAGCAGACAUCCCAGAGGGGUUUGGCAUCCUCGCUCCUGAUCAAUGCAACAGUUGCUGAAAUUAUUCUUGGACUCCUCUCUGACUUGGCUGAGAAUGUAACCGGAUCCUCUUCACUGAGGAACUGCAACAUCUGAAACCAACGCUUCCGACUCUUCACCGCUCGACAUCCCACAGUUGCCGCCAUGCCUGCUAAAGCGCCCAUUUAUUUGAAACCAGUCAACUCCAAGAAAGGGAAAAAGUGUCGCCUGAGGGACCUUCUGUCUCCGGACAUGAUCAGCCCCCCUCUUGGGGACUUUCGACACACCAUUCAUAUCGGCAGAGGUGGGGAGAGGGACGCUUUCGGGGACAUGUCCUUCCUACAGGGGAACUACGAGCUUCUUCAAGGGAAAGUCGACGUGAGGCCUCAGUACAGCAUCCAAAGUGAGUUUUGUCGGGCCAACAGCACCGGUGACGCCUCCUUUCCUGAGACCCCCUCUCCGGUUCUCAAGAAUGCCAUCUCCCUCCCGACCAUUGGUGGCUGCCAGGCGUUAACGCUUCCCCUUAUCUCCUCCGCCGUGUUCCCCCUCCCCCCAGAGCCCUUGGGGGACAUAGUGGGCCCUUCGUCGCCCUUAAAAGCCGACAAUAUUGAGGAGGUGGAGAUUUUGCAGAUGGACGCUUUGCUGCACUCAAUAGAUGUCUUCAACAGUAAGACGUCUUCGCCAACCGUAGAGAUCCAGGCGAAGCCUGACGUCCUUCUGGAUCUAGUGGAGAAGGCAGAAAAGCCAAAGGCAAAGAAAAGCGAGCCAAAGUAUGACAAACUCCACCACAAGAACGGCCGCAGCAACAUCGUGUACAAAGCCAACGGAAGCCUGAACAGCAACGCCAGCAGCGACAGCUUCGACAGUUUCAAAGACGACUUCAACCCAAACAGCGUCGGCUACGAGCGAUUCAAUAAUGACAUUAAUCUGAAGCAGGAACUCUCCGACUGCAGAGGAGACUGGGUGGACCGGGACAGCGGGGUGGAGGAGGGCCGCAUCUGUGAUUUUGAGUUUGAGUUCACCAAAGAGAAAAGCACAUCACAGGAGUCCCUCGCCCACAUCACAGGCUCCCUGCUCUCCCUUGAACUUGAUUUGGGCCCAUCCAUCCUGGAUGACGUGCUCAACAUAAUGGACCAGCCUGUCGCCAAGAGCCGCCCCUGAGGGAAGAAAGGGAAUUAGUCAUCAGCCGUGAAGAGGGAAUCCAAAUGGUGUCUGGAUAUAUCAUUGUGACAGAAACGCGCUGCUUAUGUUUUUAUUGUCAAAACAUAUAACUAUUCUAGCUUCUAUGGAGUGUUCUACGGUUCUCUUUGUUUGUUUGCCGCAUGUUCAAAUGCAUGAGUUGCUCCCGGAUCACCGCCGACGUGCCUUUUUAUUUCCUGUGCAAACGCUUUGUGCAAACGUCGCGGUCCUCUGCUCUUGUUUUCUAUCGACCGUUUAGCGACUGAACUCCCAUUUGUCUCACCGUUUGACGAAAAGCUAAGCAACCCCUUGUUUUUAAACACAAAUAAAU